UGUAAACAUAGACGGAGGGAGUACAGUGGUAAGAAAGUGAUUACACCAAACACUCUUCCUAAAGUGUAUGAUUCAUUAGGAAUCUCGGAGAAUUUAAACAGUUUCUGCAGAACUACUGUGUUUCCAUAAUUCACGCGAAGCAAGCAGCCACACAAGAUCUAGACCCCUUUGAAGGCUUCAAUGAUGAAGCAGCCACAAGCUGACAGUGGAGCAGGGGUUGUUCCCUAGUCACCCAACUAUUCCUCCGUCGAGUCACUUUUCUCUGUUCCAUCCUCAGCUAAUCCACCCACAUCAAGACACAGGAAUGCUCUGUCGUGUCGUCUCACCUUGCUGCUUUCUUUUCUUUGAGAAUUUGUUAAUGCCACGCGCCGACGACCAGCCGACUAUUCUUGCUCCUCGUCCUCUUCUCCUCCACAUCGCUCACAUUUCAGAGAGAGAGAGGGAGGGAGGGAGAGGAAGAGAAGGAAGAAGAAUCGGCGGCAAAGCAAUGGGGAUGGGAAGCGACAACGCCGUGUUUCCCUUCGCUACCACCACGACGUCCCCGCGCUUCCGCAACCCCAUCAGCCAUAGGAGGAUAUUUUCAGAUGUCGCAGAGGAUGUAACAGUAUCGGUGGAUGGACAAACUUUCCUACUACACAAGUUUCCUUUAGUAUCUCGGUGUGGACGAGUACGAAAAAUGGUAGUAGACUCCAAGGAUCCAGAUCUCUUAAAGCUGGAGCUUGUAAAUGUGCCAGGGGGAGCUUUUGCAUUCGAACUUGCUGCCAAGUUCUGUUAUGGUAGCAAUUUUGAAAUAACCACAGCAAAUGUGGCUCAUCUCCGAUGCGUUGCAGAGUACUUGGAAAUGACAGAGGACUUUCAACAGGAGAACCUCAUUUUUAGGACAGAGACCUACUUAAACGAGAUUGUGCUCAAGAACCUUGAUAAAUCCCUGGAAGUUCUUUGUAAAUGUGAUGGAUUGGACCCGAUGGUGGAGGAAGUUGGGCUUGUAGAUAGGUGUGUUGAUGCAAUUGCGAUGAAUGCAAGCAAGGAGCAGCUGGUUUCAGGCUUGGCGCACUUGGAAUGUAAUGUGGGAUCUGGAAAGUUGCGUAUGCACUCCCAGGAUUGGUGGGUUGAAGACCUUUCUGCACUGAGAAUCGACCACUAUCGGCGUGUGAUUGCUGCAAUGAGGAGAAAUGGGGUGAGGCCAGAGAGUAUUGGCACCUCUAUUACACACUAUGCCCAGACAUUGCUAAAGGGUGUUGAAAGACGCCAUGUAUGGGACUCAGGUCCCUUUGUCGGAGAUGAUCAAAGAAUGAUAGUCGAAACACUCAUCGAUCUGUUGGCAGCUGAAAAUAUUACGACGGUUACCUUGUCAUUCUUGUUUGGCAUGCUGAGGAUGGCAAUUGAAGUUGAUGCAAGUCUAGAUUGUAGAAUCGAAGUCGAGAAAAGGAUUGGUCUCCAGCUUGAGAUGGCAUCACUAGACGAUCUCCUGAUCCCCUCGACGCAAACAAGCGACUCAAUGUUUGACGUUGACACUGUGCAUCGCAUAUUGGUGAACUUCUUGCAAAGGAUCGACGAAGAUGAUUCAGGAGAGUUGUCACCUUGUGGAUAUGAUUCAGAUGGACUGAAGUCUCCAAGUCACAGUUCAGUCUUGAAGGUUGGAAGACUAAUGGAUGGCUAUCUAGCAGAGAUAGCUCCAGAUCCAUAUCUGAAGCUGCAGAAGUUCAUGGCUCUUAUUGAACUAUUGCCGGAUUACGCACGCAUUGUUGAUGAUGGACUAUAUCGUGCCAUCGACAUAUACCUGAAGGCACACCCGUCUCUGACGGAAUCGGAGUGCAAGAAGCUGUGCAAGCUGAUCGACUGCCAGAAGCUGUCGCAGGACGCGUCGAGCCACGCGGCGCAGAACGACCGCCUCCCGAUCCAGAUGGUGGUGCGCGUGCUCUACUUCGAGCAGCUCCGGUUGAAGUCGUCCUUCUCGGGCGGCGGCUCCGGCGGAUGCGGCGACGGCGGCUUGUCGCAGCGGUUCAUCUGCAGCAGUGGCGUGCCGAGCUCGUGCGUGUCCCCGCAGCGUGACAACUACGCGUCGCUGCGGCGGGAGAACCGGGAGCUGAAGCUGGAGAUCUCGCGGAUGCGGGUGCGGCUGACGGAGCUGGAGCGGGAGCAGGGGCUGAUGAAGCAGCAGGGGAUCCGCGGCGGGGACGGGCGGCCCGGGGAGCACGGCAGGGCGUUCCUGGCGUCCCUGUCGAGAGGGUUUGGGCGGAUAACAAUGUUCGGUGGGCCGACGGCGGCGGAGAAGAGGAGGAAGAAGAGCUCCAGGAGCUCGCAGGGCUCGGAGGGGAAGAACCGGAGGCGGCAGAAGGCAUCCUUCGCAUACGAUUGAAGAAGAUUGGAAUCAACACUGGUAGUAGCAGAUAGCAGUGGCGGGGGCAGUACAUGCCUGCUGGUUUUCAGUUGAGCACUCAUAGUACGAAGGAAGGGCAGAUCGAGAUAAAGUUUAGGUGGUGAGCGAGAUUUUAGCGGGAAAUGCUGCAGGAUCAUGGCAUGUAACAUCACCUGUACGCAUCUUCAUACGAGUACUUGACUGUAAUACUAGUAGCAGUAGUCUAUGGGGGUAUGCGUUUUCCCUUUGCCUGAAUGCAUUGCCAGGUACAGAAUGAAGCUCGUUCACUGGAAUUGCAUGAUUUUUCAGUUGCUCGGCA